AUGCCUGAAUCAGCAGAUGAUCGCCACUUUUGGCUCAAUUUAUCCCUCGCAAGAGAACUGGGACUGAGUACUGAUGGAGAUUGGGCCGCCAUCGGUCAAAUCAUAUUCCCUGCAGCCACGGAUGGAAACGGUUCACCGAAAGCCAUCGAGGCGACUGUUUUGCACCCGACACAAACGAAACGUAAUCGUUGGGACCUGGAACCAGACGACGCUCCCAGUGCGAGUGGUCGAACCAACGUGAGGCCGCCCAUAUUCAACGACGCCAGUCCAAGCGAUGAGGUUUGGGGAAGAAGAAUUCCAGGUAUAGAGCCUGAGAUUCGAAAGAUUGACCCGAACCGUGGCCUCAAGAAAUUGAAAAGGAAACUCUUCAGGGAAAUGCAUAUCCAGGAUGAACUCACCCGGGUCAGGAUGAGAUGUCUGGAUGAUGCAACGACCAAAACAGUAGUGAUGAGCUCAUAUGCACGAGUGGUUCCCAAGCCCUCCAGUUUUGUGGGUCAAGUUAAAGUACAUUUGAAGAGCACACAAUCGAGCGACACGAUCCCGAGCGAUUGGUCUUAUGGACGGAUGGAGGUACCGUACCCGCAGCCGCCUCUGCCGUGA